AAAAGGAGGGAAAGGUGGUGGCAAAAAAGCACCUGCAAUCGUCAUCGAUGGAGUCGAUACCUCUGAAAUGUCUCGAGAGAAACUUGAACAGUUCACGCUGAGAGUAAAGGAAGAACUUGAUAAAGAAAGAGAGGAAAGAAAUUACUUCCAGUUAGAAAGAGAUAAAAUUAGAACAUUUUGGGAGAUAACACGACAACAGCUCGAAGAAGCUAAAGCUGAAUUGAGAAAUAGAGAACGAGCUACAGAAGAAGCGCAAGAAGAAAAUGAAGCUUUACUUGAAACUGAAAAGCAAAAAAUUAAACAUCUAAAAUAUGAACAACAAGCCGCCGCAGCAGCUCUAAGAGCCGAAAAUUUAGUGGCACUGAAAGCAGCCAAAGAAGAACAUACAGAGCAAGAACUAGAACUUCUUAAUGAUAAGAGAUCUUUGCGACAAGAAAUAAGAGAGAAAAUGUUAGCAGCCCAAGAUGAGUUAAGAAGAGCAAAAUUGGUUCACGCUGAAGAGUUAUCUAAAACAAGAUCUGAGUUUGAAGAGAGAGCUCGUCAGAUAGAAGAUAAAGCUGAAAAAAAAUUACUUGAGACAAAGAUUGAGCUAACGGUGAAACAUAGGACAGAAAUAUCUGAAGUAGAGGAGAGGAAAAAUAAACAAUUGUCAGAGCUUAUAGCUCAUCACGAGAGAGCCUUCUCUGAUUUGAAAAAUUAUUACAAUGACAUUACUUUAAAUAAUUUAGGUCUUAUAAGUAGCUUGAAGCAACAAAUGGAGGAGAUGCAAAAAGUAAAAGAGCGAGCUGAGAAAAUAGCUAGAGAUGCUGUAGCUGAGGCCAAGGGUCUUCGAGAACCACUUGAAGCGGCUAUUAUUGAUAAUAAAGAAUUGAAACGGCAGAUGUCGAACUACGAUCGUGAUAAGGCCGCAUUAGCUGCAAAAACGAAACAAUUGGCAUCUCUGGAAGAACAAUUCGAAGUUCUCAAAUGGGAAUAUGAAGUGCUGCAAGUGAGAUUCGACCGAAUAUUAACCGAAAGAGACGAAUUAAAAGCAAGAUUUUCGAAAGCGGUGCUCGAAGUGCAACAAAGAGCUUCCUUAAAAACGGCGCUUCUGGAGGCCAAGUUGAAGAAUUUCGAAGGUCGUGACUUGGGCCCCAGAGAGAUCCACGAUCUUAUCAAAUUAAAAGAUACACAAGUUGAAGAUUUGAGGUAUGAAACAGCGAGACUGCGUAAGGCUCAUGAUGAUUUACUGGCGACUUACGAGGCCAAAUUGGCCAAAUUGGGUGUACCUCUUGAGGAAUUAGGGUUCAAGCCGCUAAGAGCUGUCGCUGUGGCUGGUCUAUCCCCUGUCAUCGGCCAAGGUCCAGCGGGCUUAGUGACGAAAGAUCAAAUAUAA